GAGGAUGUGCCCGCCCGCCGGCAUUUCCAUUCCGGCCGGCCUUGGAUCAGCACCCUGCCGCAUUCAGCGCACGAAGCGAGAAGCGCAUGGUUUCCCAGUGCGGUGCUACAGGCACGACAGCCGCAGGAGUGGCGAGAACACACAAAGGGUGCUGGGCUUCGGCGUUGGACGUUGCGAAGAAUUCGGUCUCUGGUGGCCCGUGACCUGUUCCGGAUCUGGCCGCGGCGAGAGCUGUCGCGACGCAGCGUCCGAGCCGCGCCACACAGGUGAGGCUGUCGAACCCGGAAACCGGUUUGCCCUGGUCGAAACAAACUCACUAUACGGGCGCGCUGUUUAAAAAGCCAAAAUCAGCCGCCGCGCCGGCGUCAGUGUCGUCGUCGCAGUAGCCACCGUGACAGCGCCGCAGACGAGGCUGCAUCAUGGCCGCCAACCGAGGCACGUCCGCGGCCUCCGGGCUACUCCUGGUGGCGCUCUCCGCCUGCGUUUUCGGGGCCCACGUGACCCGCGCCGCCAGGGUACCCGUCGAAGGGACGCUGGAAGAUGAAGACCAGGCCAAGGCCUACCUGAAGGACGUGGAAGGGUUGCUGACCGAGGCCUGCCUCAAGGUCUCCUACGCGCGCUGGAACCACUCGGUCAACCUGACGGAGUACAACAAGAACAAAUCCGUUGAAGCGAGUCUUGAGAUGAGUCUUCUUAACAAGGAGGUGUGGAGGAACAUAACCAAGUUCAAGUGGACUACCUUCAAGGAUGAACAAACUCGCACUGUGUUCAAGCGAACCUCUGUUCUGGGCAGCGCGAUACUUCCAGACGACGAAAAACGGGAGCUGGUACAAAUAAUCGCCGAUAUGAGUCAAAAUCAUGCGUCGGCCAAGAUAUGUCCAUUUAAACGACAUUGUACAUCGCCCGACGAAUGCAAUGUACCCCUGGACCCAGUGAUAAAGGACACGUUGGAGGACUCUAGAAACUACGACGAGUUGCUGCACGUCUGGAACGAGUGGCGGAAAGUGUCGGGCAAGCCGGUCAAGGAGAAGUACCUCCGCUACGUCGAGCUGGAGAACAAGGCGGCCAGGCUUAACGGGUUCGAGGACGCAAGCCAGAUGUGGCAGGAAACGUACGAGUCAGAGGGAUUCGAGGAGAGCAUGGAGCGUCUGUGGAAGCAGCUGGAGCCUUUGUACAAGGAACUCCACGCAUACGUCAGGGCACGGUUGGUCGACUUGUACGGAGACAAGGUAAAGGACGACGGUCCGAUCCCUGCACACCUGCUCGGUCACAUCCACUCCCAACACUGGCACGCCCUCAACGAAAUCACCCGGCCUUUCCCGGACAAAAAGGCGGUGAACAUAACAGACACAAUGAGAAAAAAGAAUAUGACCGUUAUGGAGAUGUUCAAGCUCGCUGAAGAGUUCUUCACCUCCCUCGGACUUCCGCCCAUGCCGGAAUCAUUCUGGGCAAACUCGCUCCUCGUGAAACCGAAGGACCGAGAAGUUGUGUGCCAUGCUUCCGCCUGGGACUUCUGCGGCACCGGAGACGUCAGGAUCAAGCAGUGUACGCAAGUGAAGGCUGACGACCUGCGUGUUGUACACCACGAGAUGGGUCACAUCGAGUACGAUCUUCUGUACGCGCGCCAGCCCAUAUUCUUCCGAACAGGAGCCAACCCAGGUUUUCACGAGGCGGUUGGAGACACAAUAGCCCUCUCCUUCACCACUCCGAAGCAUCUGCACGCAAUCGGCCUACUGGAGGAGGACCCGGAUGAUAACGCUGAGCAGCAGCGAGAAGGCAGGGCUGUUGCCACGCAGAGACACAUCAACCAGCUGUACAUGGUCGCACUGGAUAAAGUGGCCGCCCUUCCGUCCUUGUACAUUUACGACCUCUGGCGGUGGAAAGUGUUCAAGGGAAAGUACAAGCCCGAAGAGUACAACAAGGGCUGGUGGGACCACCUACUGGAGUACCAAGGCAUCUGUCCCGGAGUAGCAAGAACACCGGAAGACUUCGACCCUCCAUCGAAGUUCCACAUUUCUGGGAGCGUGCCCUACAUCAGAUACUUCACGGCCGCGGUCAUGCAGUUCCAGUUUUACAAAGCCCUGUGCGAGGAAGCCGGGCACGUCGGACCACUGCACACUUGUGACUUUUAUCGCUCGAAGGAGGCCGGAAAAUUGUUCAGUGACGUUCUGUCCCUGGGCAAGUCGCGGCCGUGGCCCGAGGCGCUGUCCAUGCUGACCAAGGGCCGCACGAGCGAGAUGGACGCCGGUCCCAUGCUCGAGUACUUCCAGCCUCUGUACGAGUGGCUCAAGCAACAAAACAAGGGUCGCACUGUCGGGUGGACGAGCACCGACUCCACCUCCUGCCCCAGUACGGAGAGGACGCCGUGAGGGAACGCUCUGCUUUAGGGGUUGCAUUCUGAGCUGUGUCCCUUUGGAUGGGGGAGAUGGAGGACGGUGCCUCCAGCCUGUCUCCUAAUCGCGCGUACAAGUCCAGCCAAUCAGCGGCGGCGGAAAUGGACAGUCCACCAGGUGGAUGGACACUUAAAGAAUACAUCCCCUGAAGAGCGUGGCUGCAACGGACAACGCACAAAUGCUAAUAAACGGACACAGACUUUGA